CCCCCCUAGACGGAAGUGACGUCACUCGCCGCCAUCGUCGUCGGUUACGUGGAUCCGCAGUUGUUCGCGACGUUUCGUGUGCGUUGUUCUCUCUCGUCUCUCGCGUCUCUCUCUCUCACCGCCUCCGUCUUUGCCCCCCUCCAGCCACCUUCGGCUCGCGCUCCCCUCGUUCCUGUCGCUCGGCGCCGCGCCACGAACUCGACGACGAUGACCCGUGGAAACCAGCGCGAGCUCGCCCGUGCCAAGAACAUGAAGAAGAAUUCUGAGAAGGGCAAGAAGAAGGAAGAUGGCCUCUCAGCCACCGCUCGCAAGCAGAGGGACGCCGAGAUCAUGCAGCAGAAGCAGCAGAAAGCGGCGGGGGAGCCCAAGGAGAGCGGCGGCGCGGCCGGCGGGAAGGAAUAACGAGCGGGGCCGAGUGAUGCAGAGGGAUCUCGGGGGAGAGGAAGGGGGUGGGGGUGGUGAGCGCCACGCACUAACGGGUGGCUCCACGGCGGGCCGACGCGCUCAUCUCACCUGGCUGCUCCACCGCCAGUCCACCUUGAGUCAUCACUCCCCCCCCCCCCCCCACUGCCAUCCUCUUCCUAACUCGACACGAGACCCCGAACGAUCGUCCCAGGCCCCCUAACGUGAGAUUUUCGUCGGCGGGGUGUCGCCCCGUGUCCACCGCCGCCAUCGUCGUGAUGAUGGCGAAGCCCCCCCUCCCCCCAACCCCCGCCCCCUUGGUCCACGAAAGGAGAACGCAGCCCAAGAAAUAAACGGUUCUCUCGUGAUGCGGUUACGUAGCCGGGGAUGUGCGUCUGCCACUCAUCUCGGGUUGGCCGACGUGAGCGAGCAGCUUUGUUGGCGACAUCCUAACAGACCUUCGGCGUGACAUUACAGAGCUCUGGUGACGUCCCUGCAUUGGCAUUGUAUUAAGCCGCGUCACUGUGACUGUGCACAACGUAACUUUAAUAUCUUUUCCCCCUUUUCCAUUAAUGAAGAUCCAGAAUCGCGUCGGGCGGCCCGAGACAAGAACGGCCUAGGGCAGGCGCACGGUCAAGGCAAGAGCCGCUUGUUGUUGGGUUGCCUCUCCCUUCUGGUCAGAAAUUGUCAGAUGUUUAAACUCUUAGUUGCUUUUGUCUUGCGUGGAAUUGUUUUACUCUUUCAUUGCAUCCCUCCCCUCCCCUAAUCCACCCCAUGAGUGUCCCCCCCUCUGGUUAGAUGCAUGCACACGUGGUGGAAAAGGGGGGUGGGGAAGGGGGUUAAGGCUUCUGCAAUGAACACGCCCCCCCCCUUAACCCUACGCAUGUGCUCCUACUACGUCUCCCACAGGAAGUACGUAGCAAAGACCCCCCCCCCCAACCCCCAUGCCGGGUUAGAUUCGUAAGAGUAUCGAAUCAUUGGUCACGUCUGUGCGUGGUAGGGAGGAAAGGGGUAGUUGUAGCCACCCCCUGGUUUUGCGCUCGAGGCAGAUCCGUUUUUAAAAGUCGCGCGCCCGCGCCAAAGUCAGCCCGUACAAUACCGACCAUUUAUUUUCAGAAUCGCGUUGAGGCACUGAAGAGGGUGCGUAACGAAAUGCGACUAAACAAGCAACGUCUUUGUGUGCGUCAUCGAAGUUGUUUGUGAGCCCACCCCAUGCAACACAUCUUCCAUGCAGCUUCCCACCUCCUCCCCCCGCCCCCCUUGCUCUUUCACAAAAGUUGUUGCUGACCCUGCUGCCUUUCCCAUUGUGUAGCCAUGCUAUAUGCAAACUAGCGUUGUUAAUCCUCUGUAUCUGCAGUGCAUGCCCCCCCCCCACGCUUGCGGUUUUGUUUUUAAAUUUGUAGCGUGCGCGCGUGUGUAACCUUAGGAUGAAGUAGCCACAGCGCCCACCCCCCACCCGGUUUUUCCUGUCUAUAGCUUUAUUUUCCCAAUAUAAUGAAUAAAGUUUCAAAGAAUGUC